AUGGGCGCUGGUAUAUGCUCCAAUGGCCACCUCAAAACCAAUUUUGACAAUGAACACUAUUCGAGAUGGCAAGGAGAAACUUCUGGGCUUACCUUGCUCAAUCUUCUGAUUGAACGCAAAGCCCCAGAGUCAGCCACAGUGACCGGUAUGCCCUCUGGAGCAUCCCCUACAGCCGUUACCCAUAGCCUUUGGAGAAUGGACGUCGAUCCACGAACCCUCUGGAGAACGAUCACCUCCGUCCCCCCCAGAUCUCAUGGACAGUUUUCUCUCGGUGCAUCUGAACCUGGUUCAUGUUGGUGUUUCACCGUCAACCCUCUAACUCUAUCCAUUCCGACCUAUGGACAAUCCCCGAGUUCGCGCCAAUCCUACAGACAGUUUCAAUUACUCGCGCACCUUCCCAUGCUGCAAAUUCCACCCUACAAGAUUGCAGCCGACCUUGUUGCUGCUGUUUACGCCGUUGGCCUUGGGCAACUGUCUAGAAGUGCUGCACUCCUUCCGGAAGCUGUCGCUGUGUGUAUUGAUGCUGGCCCACACAGGUCCGCAGAUAUGUAUGAUCUUUUUGACCCCAUCAAGGACUAG